UUUCUACGACUCCUGUGAACACGUUUCACACUGAGCCUCAGCGAAUCAAGAGUUCCUUUCAUCCGUAGUACCCGGAUUUACCCGUAGGGAAAUUAGCUACGUCAUUGUUCACGGAUUGACUACAGCUGGAAAUAAUACAUGGACAUGCACGUAUAAUAAUAUAUUUAUUAAAAAAAAUACAGCAAUGAACAAUGACCAUAGUUGACAGAUCUUCAGAGAAAUCUGACCUAGAGUCAGUCGGGUGCAAGCGCUCAGGAUCGCUGAACUUUCCCGGCGGUGACGGGAACGGGAUGGACAGUGGCUGCUCCAGCUGGGGGGCGGGGGGCCCCUCGUCCUCCGACACCCCCAGGGUGAAGACAGGGGGCUGCAUGGGUCCCACCCCUGGAGCCACAGUCAACAGCAGCAGUGCAGACAGGCCCAAGGAGCAAGUGGUGCUGACCAGUGGGGACGGCAUCGCCCUGCCCCAGAAGGUGCUGUUCCCAGCCGAGCGGCUCAGCCUGAAGUGGAACCAGGUCCACCGCAUCGGAUCAGGUCUCCAGAACCUGGGAAACACCUGCUUCCUCAACUCGACUCUGCAGUGUCUCACCUAUACCGCUCCCCUCACUAACUACAUGCUGUCCCGGGAGCACUCUAAAACAUGUCAUGAGCCUGGGUUCUGUAUGAUGUGCACAAUGCAGAAUCACAUCACCCAGGUCUUCGCCAACUCUGGGAAUGUCAUCAAGCCCAUCGGAGUCCUCAACGAGCUCAAACGGAUUGCAAAGCAUUUCCGUUUUGGCAGCCAAGAGGACGCCCAUGAGUUCCUGCGGUACACAGUGGACGCUAUGCAAAAGUCCUGCCUGCCUCUAAACAAAUUGGACAGGCAAACGCAAGCAACCAGUUUCAUCCAUCAAGUCUUUGGAGGGUAUCUACGGUCCAGAGUAAAAUGUUUCAACUGCAAAGCGGUCUCUGACACGUUUGACCCUUAUUUGGAUGUUGCUUUGGAAAUAAAGACUGCUCCCAGUAUCACAAAGGCUCUGGAACAGUUUGUUAAGCCUGAGCAGCUAGAUGGAGAGAAUGCCUACAGAUGCGCUAAGUGUAAGAAGAUGGUUCCAGCCUCUAAGAGAUUCACCAUCCACCGCAGCGCUAAUGUGCUCACCAUCUCACUGAAGCGAUUUGCCAACUACAACGGGGGCAAGAUCGCUAAGGAUGUAAGGUAUGCUGAGUGCCUAGACCUGCGUCCCUUCAUGUCUCAAUCCCACGGCGAGCCCCAGGUCUACGUGCUCUAUGCUGUCCUGGUGCACUCUGGCUUCAGCUGCCACGCUGGACACUACUACUGCUACGUCAAAGCUAGCAAUGGCCAGUGGUACCAGUUGAAUGACUCCUCUGUGUUGGUCAGUGACAUCAGGUCAGUCCUCAACCAGCAGGCGUACGUCCUCUUCUACAUCAGGUCACCUGAUCUGAAGAAUGGAGGGGACUACAAUCACACGUGCCGGACCCCGGGGCCCCUCAGCCAGUUGUCCCCCCGCCCCAUCCUCACACCCCGGGUCAACAUUGGGCCACGACACACCAGCACUGGCUUCAUAGGGCCACAGCUGCCCCCACACAUGGCCAAGAACAUCUUUCACGUCAAUGGGAACGGCUUGCUAAGGGACUACCCCUCUGGCUCUAAGCCCAGCACCAGCAGUGACGACAGCAUGGGCAAGACUAGCUACAGCCCGCUCGCCACCUCUUCCUCCCAUCCUCUCAACCGUCCCACAGGCAUCCCUGACCCUGCCAAGCGCCAGAAGCUCUCCUUCUUCAUUGGUCAGGGCAAACAGAUCCGCCCCUCAUCAUCCUCUUAUGCCCAGCUGUCCUCUUCGUCACAGUCUACAUCAGACAUGUCUACGCCCCAGGAUCCUCGCAUUAACGGCACUGCCUCCGUUAACAGAAACGGUCACGGGGCGUCGUUCCUGGUGCCGUACGGCCAGGAGUCGUCUGAGGAGUCGGACCAGGAGGGAGGCAGUGGUCUGGGGAACGGCACGGCUAAGCCUCACGUUAACGGGAGGAAGGGAGAGACCGUCUACGGCCCCGUCCCCAGAGUGCUGACCCUCAAGACCAACGGCAUCGGUAAUGGCAAGGCUACCAUGCACCGUAACGGGACCAACAGCUUCUCCAAACUCAGUCAGAACGGACACCACAACAUCAAACACCCUGAGAAGAUCCAUGGUAGCGGUCAUGCGAUGUCGCCCGGUUUGGGUUCCAGCAUGCCUAAUGGGGCGGAGGCUCACCCCAGUGGCCCAAGCAAAGAGGUGUAUUGCACCACCCCCAGCCAGGCCAGCACCUCUCAAGGCCUGCACAGUGCCGACAUCGACAGCCGCCUCUCCCUCACCCCAGAGAAAAGGGCUAAAACUCACUCUGGCCCCCUCCCUCACCACGCACCAUCAACCGCUGCUAAACCUCCAUCCUCAUUGGCUGAUGUUGGAGCUAAACCACUUACCGACACCUUGAGGGAAUCCAGCUCCAACCCUGGGGUCUUAUUCCUCCAGCCCACCCCCCGCUCCCUCAGUACCCCAGUCGCCCCAGUCCUCUCCGGGCCAGGCCUGGGAGCCACGAAAGAUCUUGGAGCCCCACACAGGGGAUCUGGGGAGGACAUCAGGGAGACCCAGAACAGCCCAGCUGUAGGGCUGGAUGGAAAGCCCAGCUCCAGAGAUGGAAGAGACCAGAUGUACUCUUCCGAUCGGGAGGAGAAAGGCGGGUUGAACUCUUCCGUUCGGGAGGAGAAAAGCGGGUUGAACUGUUCCGUUCGGGAGGAGAAAAGCGGGUUGAACUCUUCCGAUCGGGAGGAGAAAGGCGGGUUGAACUCUUCCGAUCGGGAGCAGAAAAGCGGGUUGAACUCUUCCGAUCGGGAGGAGAAAGGCGGGUUGAACUCUUCCGAUCGGGAGGAGAAAGGCGGGUUGAACUCUUCCGAUCGGGAGCAGAAAAGCGGGUUGAACUCUUCCGAUCGGGAGGAGAAAGGCGGGUUGAACUCUUCCGAUCGGGAGGAGAAAAGCGUGUUGAACUCUUCCGAUCGGGGGCAGAAAAGCGGGUUGAACUCUUCCGAUCGGGAUAAGGAGAAAGGCCGACUACAUUCUUCGGACUGCGAUAGGGAUCGAGACCGGCUGUACUCUUCUGACCGGGAUAAAGACAGAGAAGGGGAUAGGUACCACCGGGACAGGAGCCGUGAACGCAACUGGGACCAUGACUCAGACCACUACCGGCACCGGCGAGACCACCGAGACAGAGACCACCACCGGUCGUACCGGGACCGCUCGCUCAGCCGGGACAGACACCGGAACUGGGAGUCUGAGGCAUUCCUCUCACAGCGACGCUAUCACCCCAGAGAGAGGGACAGGGACCGCUGUCACCACCAUUACCACCACAGAACGAGUAAGGACAGGAAUAGGGACAGGAGGGAGCACAGCCACCACAACCUCCCACACAGAGAGGAGCCUCAUGGACGCUCAAGGUGGAGGGAUGAAGGUAAAGAGAGGUGUUACUACCCUUCACAGGAGACCCCUCUGCCCACCCCACUGAGCUCCAGCACCAAGCCCAGUCAGUCCCUCCCAGCCCUGGUGAAACGACCCGAGCCUCACAGAGAGGAGAGAAAGGACAGCUCUGAGGAGUGUCGGGCCAAGAAACCCAAGAAGAGCAAGAAGAAGAAGUCCAAGGACAGAGAGAGGCACCGAGAGAAUAGGACCUUUGACGUGAAUUCCUCUGACAGGGCAGCCGACGGCAGCAGUUCCUCCAAACACAACAAAAGUAGGAGGUACGACACUGACACGGAGGAUAAGUCAGGGGGUGAGAUCCACUCUACCCAGAGUCCCGAGGUGCACCGUGACCCCAAUGCCCCCCGGGAGGGUCGCAGGGCAAGCAGCAGCGACGAUGAGAGGGCGAGCAAGAAGCAACGUUACCAGGACGAUGGCUAUGACAACAGCUACCCUAAGAAACGCCAUCGCGCCGAUGACAACGACCGCUCCUUCUCCUCUCGUGAUGGAUCACCAACAGCAGCUCCUCAAAACGCAUCGCACUUCAACGAACACACAGGUAAUGGCUUAGGUCAACCCAAUGGAAACUCCCACGAAUGUUCUACCAAUGGACUGUACAAUGACCUUAGACAGUAGAUUUUCUCUGUUUGACCAGACACACAGAACAAUGUAAGUAUCUUUCCUUUGCCUCUGUCUUACUCUCAGAAUCUCUAUGCUGGACUGUGCAUGGUUAUGAGUGGAAAACCAGGAGCCGGUUUCAACUCAUCUUGAUUGUGUAAAGACUGAUGGGACUGUCUGCAAACCUGACAUCUUUCCCUCUCAAUGCAGACUUGGAAUACUUUACUUUAAAUAUCAACCUUUAUAUAAAAGUGAAAUUCAACAGCAACAGGAAUGUCAUCCCUAAUAUUUGAACGUGGUGCUGUAUUAUUGGGAAUAUACUGUAUUUUUACCACAUGAGAAAUUAACAUUCUACUAGAUUCUUUUUUUAAAUAGAUUUUUUUAAACUUCACUCGUCACUCAAUAUACAUUUAUGAUAAAUAAUUAACAAAUGAAUAAGCUGCACAGUGGAAGACUCAGGACUUUGUUCCUCCUCGGAGAACUGAUCAACUGGGAAAAUAAUCCAAAAAGAAGACGAAUAGUUUUCUUGCCUAGGAGAUGACCUGUUUGGUAUGACAUCAGUUGGCUGCAAGUUUGUCACCAUUAUCCACAUAUCUGUAUAGGUGGAGGUAUAAAACCUCUCUCUGAUGGAGGGAAAUGUUAUUGAGUGAGUAGUGUCUGAAGGAGCUGGCCUGGUGUGACUAUGUGUGUACGUAACACAACUCCACCUACCCUGGAGAGACUUCAGGACAGCUCUUUGUUACUUUCGAAAGCCUAAGAUCGUCUCCCUCCCUCUGCAUCUUGCUCUCACUGAGAUGUCCAAUUCUUUUAACUUGUUAUUCAAGCAUUAAAAAAAAAGCUGAACAAUAAUCAUGUUAUCUCUUAUGGCUUUGGACCUGUGUUUCUGCUUUUUAAAAAUGUUUUCUAGCGUCCAUAAGAAAUACUGUGAAUUAAAUUUCGAACUGUACUAUCAGUUUAUUCAUAAGUCCUGUAUCAGGAAUAGUUUUGUUUUAGAGAAUUACCACGAUGUAAUUUAGACCUUGUUCUAAAUUGACACAAGUCAGUGAAAUAGGUAGAAUGGUUUGCUUGUUUUUUUUUUCUACCUAAAAAGACAUGGUCAUGUUAACACAUUUUUUGUUCUACAAUAGCAUGUCAAAUGUAUACAUUGUACAAGGUAUAUAAAAAGGCGUAAAUACAUUUGCUAAUGUCAAAGUAA